AAACCCGUUCACAAUGGCGGUUUUCGUGGAACUGUUGGAAAAGGUGUAUUAUUAGCCGCCGACUAGCCGCUCGUUACGAACCCUGCCCGUAACAAGCCGCCCGAACUGUCAAAUCGAGCAAUGACAGCUGUGCCUUCCAAAUGUAAACAAAACGCGCAAAUAAACAUUAGCACGCUCUACCCACACCUACACACGCGAAAUACCGGCGCUUUCCACUUUUGCACAACAGAAAUGAGUAUUUUUUUUGGCCACGUUAGGACACACUGCGGUAGAAUAUUCACCACAAAAGGCUUACAGCUAUGUGCAGCAACGUUCGGAAAGGUCCACUACACAACCAAAGUAAAGUGUGAGCUCGAUGCAAUUACCGAAAAGGAAAUUACCGAACAGGGGCUGAAGCCACGCAAACAUCGUGGUCGCAUCAAGUGCAACAACACGGCAAUAGGGCCCGAAAUACACGAAGCAAUCAUCAAAUGCGUGAAGGACUAUCCGCUCAAGAGUCUCGUUGCCGACGGGCAGCGGUUAAACAAUUGCGUUCGAUCACGCAAAUGGUUCCCGCUCGAUACACCGUCGAACCGCGGUUCGGAUCGAUCGAGCGAACGGAUGCCUUCCAGUGCCCGGCGCCAGAGCUCUUCCGCGUUCGAUAUGCACGACGAGUACAGCUGCCUAACGCAGCUGAUCGGUCGAGCCGAUGCGGAGUAUGCCGUGCUGAAGCGCAUCUUUACCGAAAUCAACCAACGCGACCCGGAACUGAAGCCACGUAGCUUUCUCGACUUUGGUGCGGGCGUUGGAACUGGUACGUGGGCCGUGACCGACUUUUGGCGCGAGCAUCUGUUUGAGAUACUGUCGGUGGACAAAUCGCGCCAUAUGAACGAUCUGGCGGAGCUGGUGUUGCGACAGGGCGAUCCGAACAAGGCAACGAUGUUGCGGAACGUGUUCUACAGACAGUUCCUUCCGGCUAAUCCGGAGCGCAAGUACGAUAUCGUGUUGAGUUCGUUUUCGCUCUUUGAUCAACCGUCCCGGCGUCGACUGUACGAGCUGGUGGAUCAGCUGUACAGCACGUUCGACAAGUAUUUGAUCUUGGUCGAGCAGGGAUCGAAUGCGGGCUUCCAGCUGCUGGACGGUAUACGUAACCACAUUCGACGGAAUUACGAUACGGACGAGAAGCACCUGUUUGCACCGUGUCCCCACACGAAGGCCUGCCCGCGGAUGGUGAAAGACGAUGGGACGCCCUGCAACUUUGAGGCCACCUACACACGCAGCUUCCCGUCCUCCGAUGGGCAUCAGUAUGGAAGCAUUCUCUACUCGUACCUGGUGUACCGGAAGGGGGCGCCGGAUAAUGCACACCAGUUUCCGCGCCUCGUACGUCCGACCGCUGUGCGUUCGAAGCAUUGCGUGUGUCACGUCUGCUCGGCGGAUGGCAAGCUACGGGACGUUGCCUUUACGACGGCGAAACAUGGCCAAAUUGUACACCGGUGCGCCAAGGCCAGUCGAUGGGGUGAUCUGCUCCCGAUGCACAUUCAGUGGCUGAACAGUGCGAAGGAUGAAGAACCUAGCGAAGAGACUUGAAGCGUCGGCCCUUUUUGCAGUCGAUUUGUAAAUAGUCCGAUACAUAAAUAAAAAGUUCAUACUGCUGGAA